AGCUUAAGGGCAGCUUUGCCUGUGUGUGUGUGUGUCAGGAGAGUGCGAGGAUCUUUCAUUCGCAAUUCCGCGACGAGAGUGAGAGAGAUGGCGUCCUCGGGGUUUAAGGCGGCCUUGGACAAAGUGCGCAACAAUGGGUUCUUCGCUGCGUUGCGUGAAGCCAAGAGAACUGGCAACUUGGCCAGAAUUCUCGUUGAUGGUAACUUGCUGCAUUCAAAAAUGAGAGAAUUUGAUGCAACAUUAGUCGGAGAAGACACUCAGGGAAACAAGUACUACGAAAAAAAGGAAAAUGUUCAGUUUGGAAGGCACAGAUGGGUGGUAUACGCCGAUCAAUCGAAUUACAAUGCUUCAGCUGUUCCACCUGAAUGGCACGCUUGGCUUCAUCACAUCAGUGACCACACUGCUGAAGAGCUGAUGAAGUUGAAGCCCACAAGAUAUGGUGUGGCUCACAAGGAGAACUUGACAGGUCGUGGAGACGGCAUGAUUCACAUGACCAAAGGUCAUGCUCUUAAUCCUAACAAGCGAGACUGGAAACGCUACCAGUCAUGGCAACCCGAGAACCCUGAGGGCUCUGAGAAGAAAUCAAGUGCAACAAACCCAAAUUCCACUUAGCUGAAUUAGUCCAUUGAGACCUUUCCAUUAGAAUUUUCAGAAAAUUGCAGUUUCGGUGACGGUGGUAACUCAUCCUGCCUAGAAAUGGAGUUUGCUAUGGAGCAGUUCUAAAUCCCGCUUAAUUACUUCGUAGGAGUGGUCUGUUCACCGCUAAUACUCUGAACAUCCUUAUACAGUUUUUGGACCAUUCGAAAUAAGGAAUAAGUGCUUUUUUACAUA